CAUUUUAAAAAUAUAAUUUUUUCUAGGGCAAGGUCCAAGUAGAUCUGCAACAUGGAGGAGAGAUCCACCAUGAUGCCCUGGAAUCCUUCCUUGAACCUGAAAUAAAAUUAUGAUUUGAGUGUGUAAACUCUUAUUGUAAUGACCUCAUUCAUUCAUUAUUUCAGAGAGAAUGGAUGAGAAUGGAUGAGCAGAGGCGGAUCAAGGUCUUCUCCGUUCUUGUUGCUUUCAUCUUGGUGACAAAGAAUGUUGGAUCUCUAGUAUACUACUCAAAGCAUCGUCAGAGUAAUGAGAAUAAAAAAUCUUUUUUCUUCCAACUUCUUCAGAAGAAGGAUUGAUUUAUUUCCAAAAAUAAUCUUAUCUCAAAGCAUUGACAAUUUCUUUUAACUCUCGACGCAAUCAAAAUCUGUGAUAGUAAUGUACAUAAACCCUGAAAUUGUUUUAUCUUCUGUUGAAAAGACCCCAUUAUAAACUCGUAUUGCAGAAAACAUGAGUUCGUCUGCUAAGGUCCCUCAGGAUACCAAGAAGGAGGAGUUCAGAAAGUACCUGGAUAAAGCUGGAGUACUGGAGCUUCUCACAAAAUCCUUGGUUCAACUCUACGAGGAGCCCCAGAAACCUGAUGACGCUCUUGGAUACUUGAAGAAGAGUGUUGGAGGAACUGAUGAUGCAGUUACAAUCGAGACUCUCAGGAAAGAAAAUGAUGAAUUGAAGAAAAAGAUCUCUGAGCUGGAGAAGUCGCAGGCUGAGCUGCAGGCUAAGGUCUCCAGUCUGGAGUCAGGUUCCGCCCCAACCUCAGCUCCAGCUCCUGCUCCAGUAGAGGAUAAACCUGUGGUGGAUCCUGUAAAGAAGACAGAGGAGGAGAAACCAGCGCCCCCCGCCAAGGAAAGUGUUGAAACUGAAGAACCUAUGGAUACAACCGCCACCGAACCCACUCUGCCAACCUCAGAUACCGCCGCUGCUCCUUCAGAACCCGCCGCUGCCGAACCUCCCAGCGCUGAAACUCCCGCUGAAGGCGGUGCACCCGCCGAACCUGAGUCUGCCAAUUAGUUAUCCCGCCUUAUGAAAUAUUGUGUAAAUACAUAAAUUAUAAUAAUACUGUAUGAUACAACUAAGUAUUCAUCACCUUUCAACGAUACUGGAAAAUAUAAUGAACUUUUUUCACAACUGUAAAAUUCUUGAUCCUAACUUCAGAUAGAUGCAAACUAAUCCUGGCAAAUUAUCAAGCUGCAUUUUCUUUUUGUAAUUGAAUAUUUUAUUUCAGAAAAA